AUGCAGGGAGGAGCCAGUGAGGGUGGUAUCGGUCUCACGGCGUAUGUUGUGGUAGCGUUGCUUGAGAACGGGAUUCGCAACGACAACGGUAUCGCUUUUCUGGAAAAGCACCUCGAUGACCUGAAGAACGACUCGUAUGCGUUGGCGGUUACUGCGUAUGCGCUGCGAUUGGCCAAUAGCGAUAAGAAGAAGGACGCCUUGGCAGCUCUCGAGAAGUUGCAGAUUGUUGACAAAGACAAAUCGAAGGAUACAACACAGUACUUCUACCAACCACGACCUGUAGAUGUCGAGACAACUGGUUAUGUACUGCUAAACUAUAUGCUGGACGCUGACACUGAAAAGGGUCUUCCUCUUGUGCGAUGGUUAACGGGUCAACGAAACGCGUAUGGAGGCUUCUCGUCAACUCAGGAUACUGUAAUCGCCCUGCAGGCAUUGGGUAGCUAUGCAGAACAUGCAUAUUCGGCCGAUUCAAAUGUGACGGUUACGGUAACAAAUGGAGCUGACAGUCAAACAUUUGGAGUUACACCGUCUAACGCGAUUGUCCUUCAAAGCUAUGAGCUGCCAAUAGUAUCGGACUCGAGUGUGGAUAUCCAAGAAGGCUUCCGGAAAGGGAGACAGUUUUCGCUCAGGUCUCCUAUUCGUACUAUCGGAAAUACCGUUCGAGAUGAUUCGCCGUUCUUCUGCUCGAAAGAUCUCAAAGAACUGCGUGGUGGCAAUAGAAUGCAGCUUGACUUGUGUUGCAACUACACACGAGGCACCGGCAGAUCGAACAUGGCGGUAGCUGAGGUCGAAGCUCUCACAGGAUUCAAGUGA